AUGUCACCCACCCAAGUCACGGGCGAGUACAACAACACGCUCAUUCUCACAUACAUCGAAUACAAAUACUUAUGCAAAGACAUUGUGUCGUUUCUGUUUCUUAGAUUCUUCGUGUCACACAUUCUCAUCAUGGCUCUUACUUUAGAAGACAUUGCAAGGCUACGUAGGCUUUUGCCAGACACUCCCAAUAUUCUGUUCAGCCCUCGCAGACGAGUGUCUGAUUCCUCACUGAUAGUCCACAUCGCCUCCCCCCCAGAAGAGCUCGGGCCAGCGAUCAGACCCAGCAUAAGACACAUACAUAGCAAGUACAUAGCCAGAAAACUGCCAGCAAGCAGCCAACCUCAAGUUCAAGUCACCACUACAUUCCCUCAGAACACAUAUCAACCACCCAUGGCGACAGUACCAGUACUACCGCUACUACGAGGAGACUAUGUUGGUGGAGAAGAGCCCAAUGAAUGGAUGUGCCAGCUUGAUCUCAGCCUACCUGCAGCAUGGAAUGACGUACAGAAGGUUGAACAGUUCCGUCGAAAAUGUGCCCCAGGCAGUUUAGCGGAGGCAUGGUAUACAACGCUAACACCGGCUCAGACAGCCACAUGA